AAAACUCGUUAUUAUUUAAAUUAGCUCAAAGUUGUCGUGAGUAAUAAAUACACAUUAUUAAAAAAUAAUUUAGUUUACAGUUUUUAUAAAAUGCUGUUUUUGUGGGUUUUUGCUGCAACACUUUCUUUAGUUUCUUCGGAUUGUAAUGUUGUGCCCAUAGAAGAAUGGAGCGGUUCAAAUUCAAACCGAGUGGAGAAACUGCCAAAACCAGUAAAUCUAGUAAUCAUCCAACACACUGUUACCACCCAAUGCUUUACCGAUACAGAUUGUAACAAAAUAAUUAAUGUCAUUAGAAACUAUCACUUAAAUAAUAGGGGUUUCACGGAUAUUGCGAUGUCAUUCCUAGUUGGAGGGAACGGUAAAAUAUAUGAGGGUGCAGGUUGGCACGUUGGUUCUCACACUCGAGGUUACAAUAACAGAUCCAUUUCUUUAUCUUUCAUUGGGGACUUCAGAACAAAAUUACCAAGCAAUGAAGCACUGCAAGCAGCGAUUGAUUUUCUGGAUUGUGCAUUUUAUAAAAAUUAUUUAACCAUGGACUAUAGUUUAGUAGGAACUCAGCAACUUAUACCAACUUUAAGUCCUGGAGAAAAAUUGCAAAGUCUGAUAAAGACUUGGCCUCAUUGGAAAGAAGAUGUUAGUCAACUUUAAAGUCCACAAUCCAUUUUUAGCUAUCAUUACGAUAAAAUAUUAUACAUUUUUAAACAAAGUAAUAUAUUUAUAGAAUACUAAAUAAAUAUAUAAUAUUAUAAAAAAGCAAUGCUAUCAAAACAAAGAUAAUUUAUAUUUUAUAUGACAUGAUAAAUUAAAACUUAUUUUAAAAAGA